AUGAGGUUACUGUUACUAACCAGUUUCUUCGUCUAUUCCGGGUUCGGUCAGCUUGAGGAGUAUAAAAUCGACGUGGACGAAUGCAAAGCGGCUGGAUUCAAUCCGGAAUCAUUGAAAGUAGGUUUUCAAAAGAUGCCCAGUUAAUAAUUCCCGUCAUAUUCAUUUCAUCCAUAUCUAUCCAUAUCUAGGAAAUUUUUUGGGUAGAGGGCAAAUCUGGUGUUUAGUUACAUCAUCGUUCUAUUUCAGUGUGGACUAUGUGAACGGCUCUCGGAUUACCACCUGGAAACAAUUAUGACAGAUUGUCUUUCAUGCUGUGUGAAGGAAGAAGAAUUCAAGCACAGCGUUUGUUAAAUUAUUUUGGCAGAACGCACUUACCGUUUCAUUCCAGAAGUAUCCCAUUGCUAUUCUCGAAGUAUGCGAAUGCAAUCUGGCGAGGUUCCCUCAGAUUCAAGGUAAGAGCUAUUUGACAACCUUUUUCUCUUCCAAUUUUCGUUCGUUCUUCAGCGUUUGUUCACAAAGAUAUGGCUCGUCAGUUUGGCGGGAAAGUCCGAGUGAAGCACGUCAGAGGAGUUCGCCCGCAAGUUGCUCUCAAAGAUAUCGAUCUCAGCACUAAAGAAAUUCUCAGCGUUGA